UUGUGGCUCCAACCUAUUUCCUACAAAAUCCUGCCAUGACCGAGAUUACACCUGGGCGGAUCCAAAAUGGUUAUCCCGGACUUGCGAAACUGUUGGCACAAGAUUUAAACGAAUGGUCAGGAGUCUUCAAGCAGUUCGCUGAGCUCAACGUCCGCAACUUGCUGUAUAUGCAGGCUGAACUUCUUUGUUUAGAACAAGAACUCGAGGCUAUCACUCAUGUUGAUGAGAAUGGAAAUGAUCCGACCACGAAGAACUUCGCCAGAAGUGUAUGGGAGAUGAAGAAAGCGCCCAACAGCCCGCAGUGGGACAAGAUCCUUGAGAUCAGAAAGAAGCUAAGGGAAUACAACGAUUGUUUGCUCCAACAAGCCCGCGUUUCAAAGCUGGAUCGAGCCCAAGUCUCCGAUUCGAGAUGGUUGAGAUACUGGUUACAGCACAAUGAAGGUGGUAGAGACUUCCUCAAAGGAUGCGAACACCGGGCGUAUGACGAAUUGGAGCAGCCAGAUCUUAUCGUUGUGUCAAACAAGUCUUCUGAUGACAAGUUCUUACAGUGGCUAGAGCUGAGCUUAGUACCUCGCCUUCCCAACAUCAUAUACGAUCUUCUCGAACCGAUAGUCGGAUCAGAGAGGCUAGUCAGUCGCAUCAAGCUUGGAAUCCUACGAAAAAUCGCUCGAGCUCUGGUUAUUGUAUUGUCUGCCAUCUUGCCAUUUACAGCCAUUGUCGCACUGUAUUUCAUAGAAAAUCUUCGGCAUAGGAUCGCUAUGAUUGCUGUGUUCUCAGGAGUAUUUGCCUUGGUCUUGACUAUCUUCACGACGGCCCGUCCUGUUGAGAUAUUUGCAGCCACUGCGGCGUUCACUUCGGUGCAGGUAGUUUUCGUCGGUGGAACUAGUAUCGAAGGCGGGCAAUGUCAGUGCGCUUCUUAGCAGCACUUUGAGCUUGAUGAACCUACAUGUGCAACAAGAUACCGGAUCCUUCCUCUCUCUGACGCACAUCAAUUACGUUUUUCUCAACGGUACACGAUUGACGUGGUGGGCGACAUUGCAGAGUACUUCGAUGAAAGCCAGCCGCAAGAAGUCCAAUCAGGCCCCUCACAGUUUACCGCAACAAAAGCCGAACCAUUCUAAGUUCGUUUUGGCUCGGGUACGGAACAUGUCGUCGUUGAAGUGCAUCGUUUGAAUGAACAAACCCAUUCGUCACUGGCU